AUGAUUUUUCGUGGUACUUUGAAAGGCCAUGUCGGUAGACUGGCCUAUGUUAGAAGUCUACAUGUUGGAAACACUCUUUACAAGGCUCAAGUAUUCGCGAUGCCUGCUAUGUCCCCCACGAUGGAGAAGGGUGGAGUUGUGGAAUGGAAGUUCAAGGUUGGUGACUCCUUCUCCGCUGGCGAUGUCCUCCUCGAAGUCGAGACUGACAAAUCUCAGAUCGACGUUGAGGCGCAAGAUGAUGGAAAAUUGGCAAAGAUUGUUGUCGACAAUGGGGCUAAGGAUGUUAAUGUCGGCGAAGUUAUAGCAUAUCUAGCCGAUCCUGAGGAUGACUUGGCAACUCUGGAGUUUCCAAAGCAGGACGCACCAAAGCAAGCUGCGAAAGAGGCCCCUAAGCAGGACGCACCUAAACAGGAAAAACCUAAAUCAGCUCCAAAAGAAGGAUCCAACAAACAGACAACCAAUCCUUCUAAGGAUGUGAAAGCCUCUGGCAAAGCAGACCCAUCACAGGUUCUGCUGCCCUCCGUGCAGAUCUUACUGCACGAAAAUGGCAUUUCCAAUGAAGAUGCGCUGAGUAAGAUCGCUGCCUCAGGUCCCAAAGGUAGAAUUUUGAAGGGUGACGUUCUUUCAUUUUUGGGGAAAGUUCCACAAGACUCGGUAAGUAAAGUCACUGAUUUUAUACAAAAGUUUGAGAAACUCGAUCUAUCCAAUAUCGAAUUGAGAAAACCUGAACCUAAACAGAAGCCUCAGGAUGCUGGGCUCUCUAAGCCACAACCCGUUGUCUUGUCUGAACAACUGCACUUAAAGACUGCGCCUAAUGUCACUAUUGAACAAUUCACCAACUCACUUAAGUCUUACGUCAAUGAGGCAAAGUACUUAUCUCAUGAGCAGCCAGUUGAAAAUUCCUUCUCGGACCAUUACGAUGCUCUUUUUGAAGAAAUUAUCACACCAGAGCCAUUAGAACCAAGAUUCCAAGUCUCGUACGAUGUCGUUCCACUGUCUGGAGGACAAUUGAAUGGCCAACAACACGACGAUAUUUUUGACCUCCUUGCUGGAUCGUCCAACACUUCGGUCAAAUUACAGUCUACAACUCCGCCAUCUAAUGAGUUCCUGGUUAACUUAAAUGUGAGUGUAAGUGACAAAUUCGAUGAUUCCAAAAUCAAGGCUCAAAGAUUUGUGGAAUACAUCAAAGAUUUAGAGAUAUCUCCAGAGAACUAA